AUGCGCGGGCCUCUAGAAGAUAAGUUCAACGGGAAGCUGUGCCUGGACGGUUCGGCUUUGGAGCCCAGCUAUGGCUUCCUGCGCCGUGCAGGGUGGUCGAUAGAGGUCAACGUCGACUGCAGCUUCACGGUCUCUUGCCUCAGGAAGCGUCGCGCGCAUGCCGCGGCGCCCAACAGGCCCAACGCGCGCCUCUGGAGCAGGAUCCACGCCGCCUUCGAGCCAGGAGCCUUCGCCGCGCGGAGGGUACCAGCACGCUGCAGCAGGCAUGCGAUGUUGCGUGGGGUCCUCGCGGAAGCUCAGCGCCGAGGCAACGGGCGCGCCGACCGCCUCGCCGAGCUGGGCGCCAGGUUCCACGCGGUGGGCGACCAGGCCAUGGGCGAGCGCCGCGCGUUGGCGGAGGUGGUCCUCGAGCUGGCGCCCUGGAUCGGGCAGGCCGCAGUCAUCUGGCAGGGGAUCGCCUCCAAGGGCAGCGAGAGCCUACCAGGCGCCGAGGAGCGCCGCCGAGUGCAGUUCGAGGGGCCCCCUUCCGCCGCAGCCGCCCGGGCGCCAGACGAGCCCGGGGCCAAGCGGCCGCGCCUCGCGAGCGCCCGCUCGCCGGCCAAGGGUAGCGCGGCAGCCGUCGGCACGGGCGCGGGCGUCGACGAGCAGGAGCUGGCGGCGUGCUCCAAGCGCGGUGCCCGCGCGGUGCUGGGCGGACGCUCCGGGGCGAAGCCGCGCCUCGAGGAAGCCUGCGUCGGGGGCGAGACCGUCGAGGGCGGGCGCGACCAGA